AAUAAUUAUAUUCGAGGGAUAGAACAGAAAAGCACCCCGGCGAAGUUUCGAAACGCGUGCACCCAAUUGGCUCCAUAACGAGAGGAACCGGCGGGACAAAAGAGGAUUGGCUCUGCCUCUGUCGGUCCCCUCCCCGGUCGGUCCUCAAUUUCUUCAUUCCGUACGGAAAGCAGAAUCAUCAAUCUUCUGCUUAAUCAAGAAGAUACUGAAUUUCACAUUGCAAUUCACAAUUACUUGUAUUACAAAGGAAGAAGAAGGAGAAGACGACGACGACGAAGGCGACAAUAAGGAGAAGAAGAAGAAGAGAAGCAACAGGAAGGUGACAAGGAGGGGGAGCUACCGUCCAAAUCUGGCAAAUUUCGGAGGAUUGAGGGCCCGAAGCUUGUCCCUUAAGCUCGAAGAAGGAGAAGGCGAAGCAGAAGGAGCAGGAGGCGGCAAAUCUGCACCCCCCGCAGUGGACGACGUUGAGGAGUGCAGGCCUUGGCGCCGCCGCAUCUCGAUGGCCUUCACGUGGGGCUCCGCCCUCAGGAUCGCCCUCCUCCUCGUCCUCGUCGCCGCUGUCACCAUCGCCUGCUUCACCCUCCCCGUCGAAAAGAUCUUGAAGGACUUCUUACUAUGGGUUGAGGAAGAUCUUGGCCCUUGGGGUCCACUGGUGCUGGCUGUCGCAUACAUUCCGCUGACAGUUUUGGCAGUCCCUGCAUCAGUACUAACUCUAGGUGGUGGUUAUUUAUUUGGCAUACCCAUUGGCUUCGUUGCUGAUUCAAUUGGGGCUACAGUCGGUGCUGGGGCAGCAUUCAUUCUAGGGAGAACGAUUGCAAAACCAUUUGUGGUUUCUAAAUUGAGGGAUUAUCCAAAAUUCCAGUCAGUAGCCCUCGCAAUUCAUAGAUCUGGAUUCAAAAUUGUUUUGCUGCUUCGACUUGUUCCAUUGCUUCCCUUCAAUAUGUUGAACUAUCUCCUUUCUGUGACUCCUGUUUCCAUUGGGAAGUACAUGCUCGCAUCAUGGUUGGGGAUGAUGCCUAUAACCCUUGCUUUAGUUUACGUGGGUACAACCUUGAAGGAUCUCUCUGAUGUGACUCAUGGAUGGAAUGAAUUUUCACCUUCUCGAUGGGUAUUCUUGAUAUCAGGUCUUGUGGCAUCAGUGGUCCUGAUGUAUAUAGUGACGAAAGUUGCCAAGAAUGCUCUGGAGAAAGCAUUGGCAGAGAACGAGGACAUCAAUAGUGUUUUGCCCUCGCCGGAGCUGCCCGUCGCGGUUGAAUCAGCUGCUGAUCUCUCGCAGCCUCUCAUUAUUAAGAUUGAUACAUCAGAGACUGACCAUGAACAAUGACAUUUAUGAUGCAAUGUGGAAAAUGUAUUUUUUGUUUGUUUCAUUCCAUCCUCUGCGUCUUUAUAUGGUCAUAGUCUCAGCAAUUGGAUGUAAUUCAUCUCUUGUACAGAGCCGGAAUACGGCGACAUGAAAGACAAUAGAUUCAACAGGCGAUGCUAAUAGAACAAAAUGCUCCCCUAAACUAAUUCCCGUA